CAGCCCUCCCCCUGAGUACUCGGAAUGAACCGCACGCCUGCCUUUUAAAGCUAGGAGGGACGGCAUGAACGCUGUCAGUUAGAUGCUGGACGGUCCAAAGUGAGGAGGAGUUGUUGUCUCGUUUUUCUUUUCCCUAGUCCAUAUUAUCACCCGUACUUAUUUUAAAACACAGCGCCAGUUCGCCCUCAUCUUUGUUAAAAUGUACAGGUAUCUUGGGGAGUUACUCACUCGCGGAGCAGGUAACGUUGGUGCUUUGGCCUCGGGAUGUGUCGACUCCGCUCUCCCAGUUUCAGCGUCUCUGAUGCGGGUUCGUCACUACAGCGAAGCCGUUGGAGACGAGGAUCCGAACUUCUUCAGAAUGGUGGAAGGUUUCUUUGACCGUGGCGCCAGCAUUGUCGAAGACAAACUGGUUCAAGACCUGAAGAACAGGGAAACGCCGGAGCAGAAAAGGCACCGCGUCCGAGGAAUUCUCAAGAUUAUCAAGCCAUGUAACCACGUUUUGAGCCUGUCGUUUCCCAUCAAACGAGAUAACGGCGAGUGGGAAGUAAUAGAGGCGUAUCGUGCCCAGCACAGCCAACACAGGACCCCAUGCAAAGGAGGUAUCCGGUACAGCACAGACGUGUGUGAGGACGAGGUGAAGGCCCUGGCCUCCCUGAUGACCUACAAGUGUGCUGUCGUGGAUGUACCGUUCGGUGGAGCCAAGGCCGGAGUGAAAAUCAACCCAAAGCAUUACUCUGACAAUGAGCUGGAAAAGAUCACGAGAAGAUUAACUAUCGAGCUGGCCAAGAAGGGAUUUAUUGGACCGGGCAUCGACGUGCCUGCCCCCGACAUGAGCACUGGAGAGCGGGAGAUGUCCUGGAUCGCUGACACGUACGCCAGCACCAUGGGCUACCACGACAUCAACGCCCACGCCUGCGUGACGGGGAAGCCCAUCAGCCAGGGGGGCAUCCACGGCAGGGUGUCGGCCACCGGCCGCGGCGUCUUCCACGGCAUCGAGAACUUCAUCAACGAGGCCGCCUACAUGGGGAAGCUGGGCCUCGUCCCCGGGUUCGGGGACAAGACCUUCGCGAUUCAGGGCUUCGGAAACGUGGGCCUGCACUCCAUGCGCUACCUGCACCGCUUCGGCGCGCGCUGCGUGGGCGUGGGCGAGAUCGACGGCUCCAUCUGGAACUCCAACGGCAUCGACCCCAAGGAGCUGGAGGACUACAAGCUGCAACACGGCACGAUCGUGGGCUUCCCCAACGCCGAGCCGUACGAGGGGAGCAUCCUGGAGGCCGACUGCAACAUCCUCAUCCCCGCCGCCGGGGAGAUGCAGCUCACCCGCAAGAACGCUCAUAAGAUCAAGGCCCAGAUCGUGGCUGAGGGAGCCAACGGCCCCACCACCCCGGAGGCGGACCGGAUCUUCCUGGAGAGGAACAUCAUGGUGAUCCCGGACUUGUACCUGAACGCUGGCGGUGUGACGGUCUCCUACUUCGAGUGGCUGAAGAACCUGAACCACGUCAGCUACGGCCGGCUCACCUUCAAGUACGAGAGGGACUCCAACUACCACCUGCUGUUGUCGGUCCAGGAGAGUCUGGAGAGGAAGUUUGGGAAACACGGUGGAGCCAUUCCUGUCGUCCCAACCGCCGAGUUCCAGGCCAGAGUGGCUGGUGCUUCUGAGAAGGAUAUAGUGCACUCCGGCCUGGCCUACACCAUGGAGAGAUCAGCGAGGCAAAUCAUGCGCACGGCCAACAAGUACAACCUGGGCCUGGACCUGAGGACUGCAGCCUACGUCAACGCCAUCGAGAAGGUGUUCAAGGUGUACAACGAGGCGGGGCUGACCUUCACAUAGAGGCCUCGCCCCCCCCCCCAGUCUGCGCGUCUGUGUCCGUCUGUCUUGCUGUGGAGACCCAGGACUGUCCUCUCCCAUCCCAUGCCCCCCCACCCAGUCUGCGCGUCUGUGUCUGUCUGUCUGUCCGUCUGUCUGUCCAUCUGUAUCCUGUAUCUGGAGACCCAGGACUGUCCUCUCCCAUCCCAUGCCCCCUCCCCCAGUCUGCGCGUCUGUGUCCGUCUGUCUCCCUGUGGAGACCCAGGACUGUCCUCUCCCAUCCCAUGCCCCCUCAGUCUGCGCGUCUGUGUCUGUCUGUCUGUUCGUCUGUAUCCUUCUGGAGACCCAGGACUGUCCUCUCCCAUCCCCCCAGUCUGCGCGUCUCUGUCCGUCUGUCUGUCCGUCUGUCCCCCUGUGGAGACCCAGGACUGUCCUCUCCCAUCCCAGCUCCCACCCCAGUCCAGCCUCUAUAUCAUAUCCAGCGUUUACAGCUUGUGUGCCAUACGCUUCCCCUGUGUACCGCGUAACCGGCAGACCAUUCCUCUCUCCUGCACCUCUGUUCCACCGGGGGAGAAGUGCUUUUGUUCAUAGCCUGCCCUGGAGCUAUCCCGGGCUGCAGCUCAGUUAGGAGCCCCCCCUGCUCCCCCCCAGUCCGCUGCCCUCUUUUCGUCUUCCUCUCUCCGUCUCCAUCCCUGUCUCUGUCGGCCUGUAACGGGUUUCACUGCCAACGAACGCCAAAAAUAACCGACAAACUGACGCGCGGUGGACCGCGGCUUUGUCGUCGUCUCUCUCGCUCCUGCCCCAACGUCGCGAAUAAAGCUGCCCGCGUUUUCCCGCUCUUUUUUUUUCUGUUGGAAGACCGCUCGGGUUGUGUUCUGUUACACCUGUGGUGUAGUGUUGAGAGUUAAUGCGGCCAAGCGUAGUUCUGGGGCACUACGAGAGGUUAGCGCUGACGCAGUCCUGUACGCAUGUGGUACAGGUGCAUCUCCAAAACCGUGCCCCACCACGGGGGCUGCCCUGUGUCCUAACGGAACUGUUCUCCCGUCCUCCGUUAGCCCUUAAUUACAUUUUUUUUUUUUUUUUGGUUUAGUGGAAUUGUUCGGGUUUUGAGCAACGCGAAGCACUUAGCGCUGCCACCUGAGUUUGGAUGUCGGACUGUAUUAUAAACCAAUCGGUUAUCGUUUUUAUCCUGUAGUCUGUUACGAACGCGCACCAGAAUGUACUCGGUGCGCGCCCACCGGCUCUCCUCUUCCCGAGUCUUUCCGCAGUGCACUUCUUUCAGAUUUAUGUGCUGCUUUGAGGGCCAGCUGGAAAUCCAUCUCCCUUAGAAGCACCUUCUUCUGAAGCUGUACUUGUGUAGCUUGAUUUUCUACAGAUUUUAAAGCGUCUUAGUUUGGAUCUGUGGGGUUUAUGGAAGCAAAGACUGAGAAGAGAGGGAGUUCAUUUGGGAACCAAUGCUGUUGUUUUUUUUGUUUGUUUGUUUUUGUUUAUGUCCUUCUCAUUUCCUUGUUUUUGCCAUGUGUAAGCCUUGAUUUGAAAACUGCUUUGGGGUCUUUGGUGCAUUUAUAUUGCCUUUUUUUUUGUUGUAUACAAAUAAAACAACAAUGAACGCUA